CGAGGGCUAUACGUACAUGUACGUACGUACGUACGUACGUAUUGACACACAUUAUUUCGGGGGCCGGGUAUAUUGGUCCUUUUCGCAAGAAGACGAGUUUCGAGAAUGUCUCAUCGCAAGUUUUCGGCACCACGCCAUGGCUCUCUGGGCUUCCUGCCUAGAAAGCGCUCUCGCCGUCACCGUGGUAAGGUCAAGGCUUUCCCUAAGGAUGACCCAUCUAAGCCUGUGCACAUGACAGCAUUCCUUGGCUACAAGGCUGGUAUGACCCACAUAGUACGUACAGUAGACCGACCUGGAUCCAAAAUGAACAAGAAGGAAGUAGUGGAGGGCGUGACCAUUGUUGAGACACCUCCCGUGGUGGUGGUUGGUGUGGUGGGCUACAUUGAGACUCCCCGUGGGAUGCGUUCCCUCAAGGUAGUGUGGGCUGAGCAUCUGAGUGAUGAGUGUAAACGUCGCUUUUACAAGAACUGGUACCGCUCCAAGAAAAAGGCAUUUACCAAGACCUCUAAGAAGUGGGCAGAUGAGGCUGGCAAGGCUGAGAUCGAGAAGGACUUCAAGACUUUGAAGAAGUACUGCAAGGUUAUCCGUGUCAUUGUCCAUACUCAGAUGAAGCUGAUGACCCAGCGUCAGAAGAAGGCCCACAUCAUGGAGGUGCAGCUGAAUGGUGGAAGCAUUGCCGACAAAGUGGACUGGGCCAAGGACCACCUGGAGAAGCAAACCAAAAUCACUGAGGUGUUUGCUCAGGAUGAAAUGAUUGACGUUAUUGGUGUCACAAAGGGCAAAGGAUUUAAGGGCGUGACCUCCCGUUGGGGUACUAAAAAGCUGCCACGUAAGACCCACAAGGGAUUGCGCAAGGUGGCUUGCAUUGGAGCCUGGCAUCCAGCCCGCGUCGGCUACGGUGUGGCCCGUGCCGGCCAAAAGGGCUAUCACCAUCGUACCGAGGUCAACAAGAAGAUCUACCGUGUCGGAGAAGGCUACCACAUGAAAGACGGCAAGCUGACCAAGAACAACGCAGCCACUGAUUCUGACAUCACUGACAAGAGCAUCAACCCAAUGGGUGGUUUCCCACACUAUGGUGAGGUCAAGAACGACUUCUUGAUGCUGAAGGGCUGUAUCAUGGGACCCAAGAAGCGCGUCAUAACGCUCCGAAAGUCCAUGCUGGUGCACACCAAGCGUAAGGCCUUGGAGAAGAUCACUCUUAAAUUCAUCGACACCACUUCCAAGUUUGGUCAUGGCCGUUUCCAGACUCACGAGGAGAAGGCAACUUUCAUGGGCCCACUCAAGAAGGAUCGUAUCAAGGCUGAACAGGCUAUGGCCUAGAGACGGCACCAUGCUACACAUGACAAGCAACACUGCCUGUACUCUCAGACCAACCAUGGACCACAGCUUUACAAACUUGUUUUUUUUUUCAAUGCGUUAUAGUUUCAAAGCAUGUCACACAGAUGCCAAUUAACAAUUGUUGACUGGUGUGAUGUGGGAUAAUGACGUUUUGAACA